AGGACGGGCUUAAGAUGGCGGCGCCCACGGGUGCCGGGAAGAGCUGCUCAUGUCGGCCAACGUGACGGUGUGGGGACGUGUGAGGAGUCGUCUCCGCGCCUUCCCCGACCGCCUGGCAGCUUGCGGGGCCGAGGCCGCGGCGUACGGCAGGUGCGUGCAGGCCUCCGCGGCUCCCGGCGGCCGCCUGGGCAAGGAUCUCUGCGCACGGGAGUUCGAGGCCCUGCGGAGCUGCUUCGCCGCCGCGGCCAAGAAGACCCUGAAGGGAGGCUCCUAGGAAGGACCUUGAGCUCUGGUCCUCAAUCAACACUGCUCAUGGGCACAAGCACCUCAUACUGAUGGCACACAAGAAGUGCUCCUGAGCGGGGAAGUUCUUGGAUGUUUUAGUAUGUUUCUUUCCAGCAGGGUGAACCUUGGGCAGAGCAGGGAUUUAUUUCCCAGCAUUUUCUAUGUAAGCAUCUUGGUUAGAGUAAGAUGUAACUGAGCCAUCAGUGAAGAUUAAAUCCUUCAUGGUUUCCAGCUCAUUGUACAGAGUGGUCUGUGGACCUGGCCUCUCCCAGGGAUACAACCCUGCCUCCACAUCCUCAGCUCUAAAAAAAGUUGGCAGGUCUAGGUCAUGGAACUCUGCCACAGGGUCCUCCUCCCACCCCACUUUUUUUUUAAUGGGCAGUACUGGGGUUUGAACUCAGGGCUUCAUGCUUGCUAGGCAGGCGCUGUACCACUUGAGCCACUCUGCCAGUUCUACAGGUUACCCUGUUAAAAAGGCUGUCAGUAUUUAGCCUGAGUCUAUUGAAGCCAAGCUCCUAGAACUGAUGGCCAGUGCACAGGACACACCAAAGAUGAAGUCCAGCAACACACAACACAAAAGGAGCCCGUAGUAGAGGGAACCCUCCACAGGGACUUGGUUAGGCACUUUCUGGACUAAAAAAGGCAGUUGCCUGAGCUGCCAAGAGGGUCCUGUUUACAGCACCAGCAACAACUAGCAACUGUGUGCUGCAGCCCCUUCCACAUAGGGACAGCCACCCGCUGCAGCCUCCACUUGGCCAAAGCCCAGUUGCUACUGAUGGCGCUUGACCUCAUUCUCUUGUCUCCCUUACCUGUGACCUAAAACCAAGGUUAGAUAUGCAACAUGUCCCCACUGCACAUAGAGAAUGCAGUGCCUGUGGCCUGAGAGCCACCUACUGGGUACUAUGGGUACUACUCAGUCCCUGUACCUCCUAGGGCAUGGAGGUCAAUCUGUCCUUGGGCCACAGUUUGUCUCUGCCCCAGUUCUGAGAGCAGGGCCAAGGGCCCUCGUGCACUACACCCCAUGAGUUAUAGUCUAUACCUCCAUGUGGCAUCUAAAUGUUCCAGAAUUUGCCUGACUUCUUGAGGACUGGAAACCCCAUGUCUGAUAAAUGCCAUGUGUUCACCUGGAGACACAUGAGUUACUAGACAGAGCAGAGGCCAGCCAUUGUACAAAGGUUCUUAAUUUUGUCCCACAGGGCAGGGCAAUGUCAGGUCUUAAAGAGGACCAGAAUGCUGACAAUCCUGAGCCACUACAGCCCAUCCCUCAUGCUGCUGCCAGCCUGUUAGGAGGGAGGUGAUAGUCCGGCAGUGAUUGGAUUGAGAAACACUAACUACUCAGUGUUCCUUCUUAAAAUGGCCUGGAGCUUGCAGCCCAGGACCAAGCCUCACAGCAUGGACUCCAUUUUCCAAAUCCACCACACCCUCUAAGUCCUCUGACAACUCACUAACUAGUUAGUGCUUCCAUGUCUUCUCUCUGAAUAUUUCCAAAUCUGGUUCCCUGUGGGGUACACCUGCUCAGGUCACUUGAAGUCGGUCUGGCAGGUGCUUCCUGCCAGAUGGUUUGUGGAUCCACUGCUGCUUCUCAUAGCCUAGCACAGCUCAGGCCCCAUACUUCUCCCAAGCCUCCAUUGGCCUUUUCUUAUC